AUGAAGGGCUUCAUCAGGGUUUAACACCUCUCCUAGGGUUUCUCUGUACAGAUCAAUUCUUCAUCAGCUCUGAAAAUCAAUGGCGAACGGAUUAAUGAAGCUCGCCGCGUUCGUCCCUCGGUCUUCUCUCGUCCACCGGCAAUGGCACCAGUCCUCGUCAUUUUCUCGUCUCGGUGUUCAGGAAUAUCUCCAGGUAUUGCUCAGGAAUUUCUCUCAUUCUAAUUAUGAUCCUGCAUUAGUUACCAAGAUUCUUAUCCAAUGUAGAAGAUUCUCUAAUUUGGGAUUUCUAAAGACGAUGUGUAAUUGGUGCACUGAAGCCUGGCAUUGCCAAGCGAUCUGUUGGGCUGCACUUGGAGCUAAUGGUUGGUUUUAUUUACAUUUAUUUUUCUUGAACUUAGGUAUGGCUGUUUCAUCUAGACUGCAGGCUGCACGGGGAUCUGUUGUCAACUUUUCAACAUUAGUUGUCACCAAUAGAUGUGAUACAACAGCUGGAGUGCCGUGCUUUGCUAGAUUUAUGUCAUCAAAAUCUUCAGAGCAACGUGGACAAAGCUCAUCUCAGAGCAAAAAAGAAAUAUCAACAGUGGAGGAUCCAUUUGAUGCUCCAACAUAUAAUAUACCAGAGAAGCCUGUUACAUUUGCAGAGGGAGCUUCCUACAGUUUUAUUAUCCUUGCAGGGCUUGGAGUUGCUGCAGCUGCCGGAUAUGCAGUUUUUAAGGAGCUUAUAUUUCAACCAAAAGAGUACAAGAUCUUUGACAAGGCACUUAAAAGGAUUCAAGAUGACAGCCAGGUUAAGGUAAGGAUUGGUUCCCCUAUAACUGGCUAUGGCCAAGAAACUAGAAAUCGUGCUGCUCGACAAUGUAUCCCUAAUAGGGUAUGGACCGAUGAAGAUGGUGUCGAGCGAGUAGAGGUGAAUUUUUAUAUCCGUGGGCCCCAUGGAGGUGGGAAAGUUUCUACUGAGAUGUUCAAGGAUCAAGUGGAGAAGCAGUGGAAGUUCACAUAUUUGAUUGUGGAGGUGAAAUCUUCUCCUCCAGUUCAAUUGAUCCUAGAAUCUUAUAUGCCUGCCUGACCUUGGGGCACAACCAAUUUGUUCAAAAUAUUUUGUAUGCAAUUCUACGUAGUUUUAGAAUAAUCAUCUCAUGUUUAUAAUAUUUCUCCUUCCUCUUAUCACAUUUUAAACUGUUAAUUUGGUUAGGCCAACUUUUUCAAGUU